AUGGAGCCAUUCUUCACCUUGCGAAAUAAGCUCCCAGUCCAGAUCAUUCAGAUCAUCCGCAUCAUUGCCGUGAUUUGUCUGUCUGGUGCACGACUUUUACUGCCCAACAGACCUCCCGGUCGCUCCACUACGAUGGGUCUUGGCAUGGGUGCCAAGUCUCUCAUCAUUAUUACUUACGAGAUGCUUUCCGAGCAUGCCAGCUGUUUCCGACGCUGGAGGAGCCUCAAGGCCUAUUGCAUCCUCAACGCUAACUAUGAGUGUUUAGACAGUGAUUUGUAA